GCCGCCGGCCACCUGGGUUUGUGGCGUGUGGCCUGUGGGCCUUGGCGAUAAGAGCCCCCUGGCUCUGCAGAGGCUGUACGCCGAGCGCUUUGCCUCCCUGCCAGGAAGGGUUUUACUGCCAGCAAUUUUUUUUUGUACCGUAUUACAGCGAAACGAUGAGACUGUUGGAGAAGCUUAAGUGCUCGUAGUGGAGUUAGUGCCUUACCACUGGCCGUGCUGUAUAUUGUAAAAUAGAUUUUAAGAAAUACUCUGCUAUUUCCUAACAUUGUUUGACUUGGAGUGUGACACCUGAAGUAGCCUUCUAAGUAGGCCAAGGAAGAGGAUGAUUGGAAGGAGUUUGAGCAAAAGGAAGAAAUUGAUUAUAGUGGUCUUAGAGUUCAGUCCAUGCAAAUAAGUGAAAAAGAAGAUGAUGAAAGUGAAAAGAGAGAAGAACCCGGUGACAGCUGGGAGGAGACUGGUGGUGGUGUAGACAGAUCAUCUGGUCCUUGGAACAAGUCAGCUCCUGCACCAGCACCUGUCGUUGAACCAAUUGUUACAGAAACCCCAGAACCAGUUCAGACUGGUGGUGUAUACAGGCCGCCUGGUGCCAGGGAGGGCGGCAGGCCACGGAGAGCACAGCAAGGACCACCAGAGAUCUAUAGUGAUACGCAGUUUCCAUCACUGCAGUCCACCGCCAAGCUUGUAGACAGUCGAAAGGAUAAAGAAAUGGAGAAGAGCUUUGAAGUAGUAAAACACAAAACUAGAGGUAGGGAUGAGGUCUCAAAAAACCAGGCACUUAAACUUCAGCUAGACAACCAGUAUGCUGUGCUUGGGGAUCAGUAGAGCUGCAUACACAGUACACUUAAGGAAUGCUUUUUUGGUAGCCCUUCUACUAAGGUAACUAAACUACAGCUAACGGCUAUGAUGAACAUGCCACCUUAUUUCUGCUGGAUCUACUGCAGCAAGUGCAGACUGCUUUGACGUAAGUGAUUGGUUCUCCUGCACUAUGGAAGCAUAAUAUGUCACAACUUCUCCAUUGGAUAUGGGGCAAAUUAAUGUAAAUGAUUGAACAAGAGUCAUCAGUGUUCUUUAAAUGCUCAGAAAGAUACCUACAGCCAGUGGUCAUUUCAAAAUCUUUUUAUGUUCAGAUACUGAGCCUUCGUAAAGGUUGACUACCUCAGACUUGCUGCACUCAUUGUGGACACCAUGUGGAUCACAACUUCUGGAAGAGAAGGUUACAGCUGUUUUAGUGGCCAUCUGAAACUUGAAACCAGCUCUACUGGAUUCCUGUCAGAAAUCCUGCAGAAGUCAGCCAUUUGGUUCCAAUUUGCUAUAACAAAGAUUUAAGUGACCUUAAUGACAAAACUAUUCUGUUCCCCUUCUGAGGAAUCCUGUCAUGUCUAGCCAUAGCCUACUAGAGACUUCCGGAGCGUACCAUACCACUCAUACUAUCCAAGUAUAACAGAGCUGUAGUUGGUUUACCUUUUUAGAUAGCUGUACGGAAGUAACUGCAAAACAAAUUAAAACUCCUUCAGUAUCAGAUCUUAACUGAUCAUCAUAGGAAUGAUGGGUUUGAAUGGUCUGUUCGCAUUAGCCGUUUUCAGUUGUCUGUUCAAGCAUAAUUUUUUUUCCGUUCUCCACAAAAAAAACAAAGCCUGCCUCAUUUCUGGUAUUGCCGUAUAUUUAAAUAAUGAGAUGUUGUAGUGAAAUAGGGUUUAUUUUGGGUUUUGUCAUGAGCUUUGUCUUUUUCGCCCUAAAGUGCUAAGACUGAAGAGUUUUGAUUUGACACAGGUAUCCAGACUCCAACUACAGUCUUCAGAAUUUCUCCGUCAAAAAUGAGAUACAUGGCAGUAGCGAUAGUAGAUAAAAAUUUCUCCUCUCUGAAAAAUAGUUAUUUGUUGAAGGGUAAUGGUUACUUGAUAACCGAAAUAACUUAGUAUGCAGAGGAAUAACUAAAGCUGGUAAGCCUUACUUGUUUGGCUACUUCUGUGAAGCAUGCAGGCUUUUUGAGGCAGCAAUCCUCUUAAGUAAAACUCAUAAAAGGUGUUUAUUCAAAGCCAGGAAGUUUAGUAGUAAUGGAAGGCAGUGACUUCUUUAAGUUGUCAUUAUCUCUGACUUAAUUUUAAUGGAAGCAGGCAAAACAGCACCGAUACACUAAGAAUAUAGGACAUUGCCUGUAACUCUGAAUUGAUGAACGAAACCUGUCAAGUACCAAAAGCAUCCUGCUGUAACUGUUUUUCUCUUCUUUGAAUUCUGACACCAGAAGCAAAAUGAAGUACAAUAGUGGCGUGCUCCAGUGUUGAGGUUUCUCAGAGUAAAUGCCAAAAAUAGACCCAACAUCUAUAAGAGUUGCCAAUGGCAAGAAAAACAAGGGAACAAUACACAACUUGCUUAUUGUGUGAGAGUACUGUGUAUGUGCAGAAGAUGAGGAUAGUGCAGGAAUCGCCUAGUUGGGUUCCCUUUGACUAACUGCUGACUCGCUUUAAAUGUACUUCUCUGAGGCCAAUGGGAAUUUUGCUGUUGACUUCAGUGGGGCUGGGGUUUCACCUGGUUCUUUUGUGCACAGACUAAAACUGGCCUUGCCCUUGCAGAGUUAACUGUCUCUAAAACUUCUGCUAGAAGCUGCUAUUAAAGAGAGGGCUCGAGACUGUUCUUAAAGUUGGAGACUUCAUUUGGAAACAAAACCCCACUGAAAGACUGAUUCCAAUCCCUUGGACUCUGAGCCAUGUAUCUUCCUUGAAAAUAUGUUGUUGCCAGCAGAACUGUUGAUUUGUCACUAAAGAUUUCUGUGGUAUUCACGGUAAAUGGACAGGUCACUUGAUGUGGUAGAAACGUACAAUCUUAAAACACUUUUCCUGAUGCUCUGAAGCAAUUGAGAUCGCCAAUGCACAUGAAUCAAGUUUUAGUCUACUGUAUGAAGGGUAGAUGAGACUGUCCAUUGUACCGUCUUUAUUUGAAGUUUUGGGCAUGAAUUCUGGCAGUUCAAGAAAACCCUGUAACAGUUUCAAAUCAAAUAAAAUGGAAAUAUACAUGGAUUCUGGAGUCUAAUCAAUCUUUACCUUUAGUUCUAGCUUAUGACCAUACAGCAGGUGGGGAAAUGCGGAGCAUUUGGAUCUCUUGAGGGACAGGCCACGGAGUGGGCAGUCAGCCUUAUGGUUAGGUGGGCUGUGUUUAAGAGCUUAUAGCAGUGCAUAUUAAUAUGGCUUAUAUUUAUAUAGAGAAGUUUAGUUUGCUACCUGUCAGAGUGUCUUCUUACUCCCACCAUAUAGGACUGGUUUGAGAUUGUGAACUGAGUAUGAAUGAAGCUUUGAUUUGCUUUUCACUUGGAAGUAGCUCUGCUAAAUUAAAGAAUGGACGGGGGGGAAAAAACCCACCCACGAAAAGCCUCUGGAUGGUUGCUGUCAGUAGAAUCCCUCAGUUACUGAUAACUAGAGGUGUUAUUUUGGGGGCCCUUAAGCGUAUCAUUCCAG